AUGUCAAGGCCUCUGAGUGGGAUCAAACAUGAACGAGGUGCUACAUUCUACAUCGAGAAUAUCGAGAUCUGUGAUCGAGAGCAGGAUAAAGACAUCAAACGACAGGUUAUUAGCCAAGCAAAGGCAAAUAACAUCCGAAUCAUGCAAUGUUAUGUCAUUCAUAACCGAGUAUCGGAAUAUCGGGUUGGUUGCAAAAUAGUCGUCCCUCAGUCUGCUGCAGAGAUGAUCACUCAACCCCAUGUAUGGCCCGACCCUGUUAGGUGCAGGGAAUGGGUCCAACGAGGUCGAUACACACGAUCUAGGCAACAUGAUGACCUAGAUUAUGAUGAUAUUCAUCAAUCUUCUACCGAAUAUAGUGCAUCUAACUAUAGAGAGUGGCAUGAUAACAUGUACCAAAAUGAAUAUGUUGAAUAAUAUGGCUUCUAUAUCAAGAACUAUGUACAUUUUAAUCUGUCUGUUACUGAUGAAUUACACCAUAACUAGUGAUCCCAAACAUGUAAACACUACUCUACGAUUCAUACAAUGGAACUGUCGAGGAUUUAACGUGUCGUCAUUGUAUAUAAACUCAUUGUUGAAUCGCUGUGAUAUUAUGGCCCUAUCAGAACAUAAAUUAUAUCCCUGUAAUCUUGGCAAGCUAGAAUCUAUUAACACUGAAUUCUGCUGUCUCUGUAAGAGUAGCAAGCAACUGAAUGAGAUUGAUUGUGGUAGGAGAUGGGGCAAUGGUGGAGUUGCUCUUUAUUGGAGAACAUCUUUUAAUAAGUAUGUUACCACUGUAAAUACAAUGUGUACUG